AUGCAAGUUACAGCAACGGAAACAAACGGAAUGAAGGUGUCGCUGGCAUUAGGCUGUCUGGCCGCUUUAAUAGCGCUGACCAUCGCUAGGGAUAUUAGGGAGAAGCGUGAUGCUGAUCUCGAAGUAGCGGCAUCUAAGCACCACGAGCAUGGAGGAGGUAAGGAACAUCAUGCUCAUCAUCAUCACGAACACGGCCACAAAGGACACAAAGGAUACAAAGGACAUCAUGAACACGAACAUGGCAAGAAAGGACAUCACCAUGAAGCAGGGGAUAAGGGACAUCAUGAACACCACGGAGGACAUAAGAAGCACCACCACCACGAAGAUGGCCACCACCACAAGCACCACCACGGUGAAAAGGGUGAAAAGGGACAUGGAUUUGAAGAAAAGGGACAUUUCCAUAAGGGACACUCGACCAAAGGACAUCAUGGUGUUCACAAAGUAGAUGAGUUCAAAAAAGAUAAACACUUCCACGAAAAACAUGGAGAAUCUGGUUUUGAAGAGGGUUAUGGCGGUCACCAUGACGAACAUGGCCAUAAGAAAGGUGGUCACUUCCAUAAGGGUCAUAAACACGGCGGUCAUCAUGAACAUGAACAUGGUGAGAAAGGACACCAUGAGAAGGGUGGACAUCACCAUGACCAUAAGGGAUGGCAUGAUGAAGGCAGCCAUCAUGAGCAUGAUCACCACCACAGCGGCCACGGAAAGAAGGGUGGUCACGAAGAUCACAAGCAUUGGGGCUUCAAAAAGGGUCAUUAA